GCCGCAUAAUCUUCCUCAGCAUGACCCCAUUUUCUUUUCUUCAUCUUCCUCUCUUCACCCGCCAAACUUUCUCUUUUUCUUCCUUCCAACCCAUAUCCAACCCGGGAACCUGUCGCUUGACGUGCAACGUUCCAGGCUUUCAUUCACUCACCCUCAUUUACAGCUCGCUCAGUGAGCCUCGAACAAGAAAUACGUUUUUCAUUCGCCGACCAGCAUCCAACAAGGUAUAAAACACUGACAGUUUGUGUCUUUUGACAGUUACCACUACUACACUCUCUUACAACAACCAACAAAACAAAACAAGCAAAAUGUUCGCCAAGGCUGCUGUCAUCGCCCUUGCUUCGGCUUCUAUCGUCGUUGCUGCUCCCGUCAACUGUGCUAGGGCCAAGCCCACUACUUACGACGAGGGUUACCUUGAGUCUUAUGAUGCCUACCACACCAGGUACCUUGCUCUCUCUUGCUCCACCCAGCACAACACCACCUUCUUCGACGACUGCUGUCACCCUCUCCUCGCCACCGAGACUCUUGCCGACAACCGUGCUUCUUACUGCACUCCCAACUCUACUGCUAUCGCCUCUGUCAAUGCCACCAUCGCCGAGGCUACUGCCUCCGCCACUGCAUCUGCCGAUAUCGAGGCCGAGUCUCAGUACAACAACGCUUCCAGCUACGCUGCUGAGGCCACUGCUUCCGUCACCGCCGAGGCUACUGCUUCUGUGACCGCCGAGGCCACUGCUUCCGUCACCGCUUCCGCCGUCAACAACCUUGCCGACGUUGCCCAGCAAACUGCUGCCAGCUCUUAUGAGGAGCAGCCUACCGCUUCUUCCAGCAGCUCUUACGGACGUGCCUCCGCCUCUUCUUCCUCUUCUGAUGAGGAGAGCGCCACCUCCACCUCUUCUUCUUCCGCUUCCGACUCAAGCUCUACCUCUUCUUCUGAGGUCUACACCGGUGGUUACGCUACUUUCUACUCUCAGGGUGGUGUUGCCGGUGAAUGUGGUACCGUCCACUCUGACGACGACUAUGUCAUUGCCAUUGACUCCAACGGAUGGUGGCAGGACUACGAGUCCAACGACUCUUCUCCUUACUGCGGCAAGUCCAUCACUCUCACCAACACCAACAACGGCAAGUCUGUCACUGCUGUCGUCGCCGAUGUCUGCCCCACCUGUGAAACCGCCAACUCUCUCGACCUUUCCAUCGGUGCCUUCAACCAAAUUGCCACUGAGGAGGACGGUAUGGUCCCCAUCACCUGGUACUUCACCGACUAAGCGGUCUACCUUGAUGGUAUCGUUUAUUCUUUGUAGAUCUUUUCUCGUAUCUCUUUAUUAUUUUGGUGUUUCUAGUAUCAUUCAUCAUCUUUCACGAGUUCAUGACAAUCUUUUAUCCUUCAUCCUCCGUAGUGCGGUCUUUGGCCUUUCUUCUUUGUCUAGCUUUUCAAUUCCCGUUUUAGGUAGCGUUUCUUUGACUCCUAGUGAGCUUUUUUCGUCUAUACCUAUAGCGGUGUUUUUGACUGGCGCGCUGAGUAGAACGGUUGAGUCAUGAGUUGUACUGGUGCUUCUCAUGAGGAAGAGAAAAUGCAUAUGAGCUAGUCUCACCUGUAGCCUUG